AUGGAUCAGAAUAAAAAUGGGGNAAAUACAUUUUCUCUUUCAGGUUUGGCAUGUCUUACUCCUUUUCUAAGUCCUCAUACCAGAGAUCUUGGAUUAACGUAUAGAGAAACCAUUGUAGUCAACACCGCAGCAGCAUUUAUUAGUAUUUUUGGACCCCUCAUCGCCGGAAUAAUUGCAGACAGACACGCUAAAUAUAAAACCUUUAUCGUUUUAUCAUUGUUUCUAUCAGCUGCUAGUUACACGGGUUUACUUUUCAUCCCUCGAGUGUUGCGAUUCACUAGACAACCCAUCAUUGAAUUCGAUUGCCCAGAUGCUGUUAGAUUGGAGAAAUGUAGCAGUUGGUCAAGUUGUACCGAUGCAGGAAUCAUUACUGAUAACAUGACGACAUUUACACUAUCCGGAUGCCAGUAUCAGUGCCGUAACACUUUCAACACCACGUAUCCUCUACACGUGUGCUUUCAGGGUAGCAAAGAAACUCUGUGCACAGUUUACGAUCAGCAAACUGAAAAACAAGUAAAGUUCCAAUCACGUUUUGUUCCAUGGAUGUUUGAAGAGCAACAAAGUAUCCAGAAAUCUGUUUUUCUUUCAGCGACACCAGAGAUGCCCGAUCAUAUAGGUGUUUGCAACUUUCGACCUGUGGCACCCAUAAUUUUCAACGAGAAAGUUCAUCAAGACAUACAUUGCCGACCGAUGCCAGAACAUUGUUCCAUUAAGUGUUUCCUUAAAUUAACAUACAAGAACCACUCGUUGGAUCCCGCACCUUGUGAAGAUGUAUUAGGUGACUCUACUUUGACCUUCUGGGUGUACUUAGGUGUAAGAUCUUUUGCUGACUUAUGCAUCAUGACUGUCAUCUGCUUACUAGAUGCAGUAACCAUCUCCAGUAUUAACGAUUUUUAUGGAUUAUAUGGAAGAAUGCACGUUUGGGCCGCUUUGGGUUUAGCCAUAUUUUCACCCGUUGCCGGUGUCCUUAUCGAUUAUUACAGUGGAAUUGCUGGAAAGCCAGAUUACUCUCCAGCGAUCUUUAUUUUUGAUGGUCUUGCUCUUAUUACUUGUGCAUUAAUUAUCGCUUUACCUAUCGAAGCAGGAACUAAUGCAAGAUAUGUUGUAUCACCAGAAAGAAGCAGAAAGAAGUUAAAAUUCUGCACAUGGGAAAUGUCCUUUCUUAUUUUCUUAGUAUUGAUAUUGGGUACUCAAUGGGGUUUCAUGGAAACUUUUCUUCUGUGGUUCUACGUAGAUGAAGUUGGCUGCUCCAAACUGAUAUUGGGAUUGACAGUUACUGUUGGGUUUGCUGGAAGUAUACCAUUUUUGAUAAUCUCUAAGAAUAUGGUGAGAAAUAUUGGAAGAGCCCAUCUCAUUGUCUUUGCCUUUCUUUUCUACGGAAUACGCUUUGCUGGGAUAUCUUAUAUAAUAUAUCCUUGGUGGUCUUUGCCUUUUGAAGCUAUGGAAACAUUUACAAUAAGUGUCGCUUGGAUUGGUAUCGUUGCUUAUGGACAGAGCUUGAUAUCCAGAGGUGCCCGUCUUAAAGUGCAGUACCUGUUUAACCUAUUGCACUUCUGCGCUGGUCGUGGUUUGGGUACGAUGAUAGGAGGAUUUUUAAGCGAAGUAUUUGGUACUCGACAAACAUUCCGUGGUUUUGCUGUCGUUUCUACUAUAAUCGGUUUACUUUAUUUGGUGAUUUAUCAUACUUGUUUAAAGAGUUGUAGACGAAAUAAGAGACCAACCAGUCCUGUACGAAUGAAUGGAUCUUGGUAUCCUCUAGGAGAAACAAGACCAAACGGUGAUGCUGGCGGCCAUCUUUUUAACUCCGAUCACGAAGAUUCCGAUAUAGGAGUCGAUGAUGAUGUACCUAAAUAGAGGGACAAAAUACAAGUUGGGUUGUGAUAUAUCUGCAUAAGUGAAGAUGUCACAAAUCGCUUCAGAAUGCAUAAAACUGUUUACUUUAUUUUUCUUUUUCUUUAUAAACUGCGGUAAUUCGUUUUAAGAAUAAGUGACCUUUUUUUGUAUUUAGAAAGUUAUAUCUUAUUCUUUUAGAUGAAUAGUUAAUUGUUAUACACGUAUGUUAUUACGAAGCCAUUGAGUGUGGAUAAAUCCCUUAUUUUCAUUUGCUGGCAUCGCGUAAUAUUCAAUUUUUUUUUUUACUGUAACAAGAGUACAAGAAACAAUUGAUUUAUGCUGUUAAUCAUUACAGAUGUGUUCAUUGUUUGUGCUAGAUACUAUACGAAAUCAUUUUUUGAAAUUAUUAUGUUAUUAUUUCAUCGAUUUUUUCACAUCAUCAUCAAAUUUUUCACACAUAUUUUAUAAGCA